AUGGCCAAGGACGCCGAGCUCAAGGAGGAGAAGAAGAAGAAGCGCAAGUCGGACGUUGCCGACCUCGCCGCCGAUGACAAGAAGGCCAAGAAGGAGAAGCGCAAGUCCCUCGCUGCCGACGCAGACGACAAGGCCGAGUUCGACGUCCCUAUUGAGGCUAUUACCCCUAUCGCCGUGCCGCUCGCGGGCAAGAAGCUGUCCAAGAAGCUGUUCAAGACGGUCAAGCGCGCCAGCAAGGCGCGCCAGCUUAAGCGCGGUGUCAAGGAGGUCGUCAAGAGCCUGCGGAAGGGCGAGAAGGGCCUGCUGCUCCUCGCGGCCAACAUUACGCCUGUUGAUGUCGUGUCUCACCUUCCUGUGCUCGCUGAGGAGACCAAGGGGGUCGAGUAUGCGUGGGUGCUGAGCAAGGAGGAGCUCGGCGCCGCGUCCGGCACCAAGCGCGCGACCUCGUGCGUUCUUGUUUGCGCCACCCCACAAAAGCGCAAGGACGCCAAGGCACCAUCCGCCGAGGACAUUGCCGAGUGGAAGGAGCCGCUCGACGAGUGUCUCGACGAGGUGAAGAAGCUCGAGGCCGUCGUUCAGGCCUAG